UCAUCCAGUGAACUGGGCGGGACUAGUGGAAAAUGGCGACUUUAUCUGUCGGAGAGCCUCAAGAAAUGGAAGUUGACAGAAGGGGUGAGUCUGAGGAAUCCGGUGAUGAUGAGACCAAGAGGAAGAGUUUCAAUGGAGAGGUUGACUCCCUGCAAGAGCCUUCAACUAUACCAGAAGAAGCACCGGUUGAUAUGGACACCAUAACCUUAGACCCAGAUGAAGAGGAUGUGGAUCUGGUCCAUUGUAGGAUUGGGAAGAUUGAGGGUCUGGAGGUUCUUAAGAAGGCAAAGACAAUUUCUCUCAGACAAAACCUCAUCAAACACAUUGAGAACCUGGAAAGCCUUGGCUCAUUGAGGGAACUCGACCUUUAUGACAACCAGAUCCGCAAACUGGAGAAUCUUCAGGCCCAAACAGAGCUUGAGCAGCUAGAUGUGUCAUUCAACAUUUUGAGGAAGAUUGAGGGAUUGGAGUGUUUAACAAAACUCAAGAAGCUCUUCCUGCUUCAUAAUAAGAUUACAGGCAUUGCCAAUCUGGAUCUCCUGACUGGCCUCCAGAUGCUUGAGCUGGGCUCUAACCGUAUCAGGGUUAUUGAGAAUCUGGAUUCUCUUGCUUCUUUGGAUAGUUUGUUCCUUGGCACGAACAAAAUCACUCAGUUACAGAACCUUGAUGGACUGCACAAUUUGACCGUUCUAAGUAUCCAGAGUAACCGAAUCACAAAGUUGGAGGGACUCCAGAAUCUUUUGAACCUACGUGAGCUCUACUUGAGUCAUAACGGCAUUGAAGUCAUAGAGGGACUGGAGAACAAUAAAAAGUUGACCACUUUGGACAUUGCUGCAAACAGGAUAAAAAAGAUUGAAAAUAUCAACCACUUGACUGAUUUAAAAGAAUUUUGGAUGAAUGACAACCAGAUCGACAACUGGGCAGACUUGGACGAACUCAAGAACGCCAAAGGUCUAGAGACUGUCUAUCUUGAGAGAAACCCCCUGCAGAAGGACCCUCAAUACAGGCGCAAGAUCAUGCUGGCACUGCCCAGUGUCAGGCAGAUUGAUGCCACCUUCAUCCGUUUCUGACCAUCCUCUUCAUCCUCCCAAACCCAUUGUGUCCUUCCUCACCCAGCCAUCCUCUGCGCAUUAUAAAUACACCACCACCACCGGCAUCUUUUCCAACACGAACCAUCGUAAUCAACACCUUCUGCCCUAUUUAUCUGUUUUAUUUACUUUAUAACAAAAAGAACAGAAUCACACACUCCUUUGUUGCCAUUCCAUGUGCUGGCACCUUUUACUCAAACACAGAGACUAUAACUAUGCUAUAGAAUGAAUGAUUGUUAAUUUAUUUUCAGCUUAGGACUGAGGCCAUGUUAAGGGCAACUUGAAAGGAUCUCAGAUCUGCUCUUAGGAAAAUUUUCAGAAUGGUGACCCUUAGCAUUUUGGUUUGAAAAUGAUUGAAUUACAACUAUUCCUCCUCUCUUCUUCCAUUCAAGUAGCGUCCUGUAUAUACAAGACAGAGGCGUUUGUUUAAUAUCAGAUAUUUUUGCCCUGUGUAAUUUACAUCAGGUUAUGAGAUUGUUACUUUCUAUAUGGGAUAAUGAAAAGAUCUGUGUUCAUUUUUACCUUCAGAUACUGCAGAAGAUGAUGUGAGAAUGGUUCUUUCCUCAUAUCUGAUCUAGAAUUGAACACUACAAGGACUGCUCAUUUGAGCAAUAAAUUGGCUACGCAGUAAUGGAUUCCACAUGCAUAUCAAUUCUUUUUCUCAUGUAUAUUGUUGCAGCAGUAUGCUGAAAGACUGCUGCAUUGAUUAAAAGUUAUUUUAAACUGGUUUUGGUCAAGUUGACUUGACAUAUUUGAGGUCUUAGCUGAAAUGUGACAAACACAUUUUGUUUACUCUCUUCAUUAAUACUGACGAUAUUAACCGAGAGAUUAAUGUCACAAAAAUGUAAGUCUUAGUUGAUGGCCAAGUCUUAAUAUAAACAGAGCAAGGGGAUUUCAGUUUAUCAGCAUUGUUAUUUUUUUUGUUAUUUGACCUUUGGCAAAAUUAAAUGACACAUGCACGAAAUAUUCACACAGACGCCUCAUAGAAAUAUUAGAACAUGUUCUCUCUAGGCCAUCCCAUUUCUCUGGAGGGAGGGGUGUCUGAGCGCCUCACUCAUAUGAUUCUUUAUGGGAUUAACCAAUCCCUUUAAAAGGGUCAAAGAACAACGGGUGUUUUUAAUUUACUCACAUUUUCACUUUGUUUUACAAGCUUGACUGUUUCUGGAUUGAAUGUACUAGUAUAUAAAUAAUAAACUAUUUAAACAAU